AUGACAGGUCCUAAUCUCUUCCCCUGUCCAGGAAUGACGCAUGGCAAGCGUACUCUCGUCUUUAUUGUUGAGAAUAAGACCACUCAUGAUUUGUGCAAGCCGUGGGUCUCGGUUCCAGUAAAUGACCAAGACUUGUCCGAAGGCUUCAAUUACAUCAAUUUUGGGCAGUUCAAUAAUUAUGCGGCACAAUGGUUACACAAGAAUCUUCCCCAGACGGACCAGCCGUUCCAGUGCCUUGCAUAUGCGGGUCCCAAGGAUCUCCGCUACCCUAUACUGGCCCUAGCCGCUGCAAAGCUGCAAAAAGUGUUGGUACUGCCUUCGCCACUGAUUACCGUCGAUGCCCAAGCGAGAAUUCUCGAUGCCAAGAACUGUGCUCUGUACCUGCGGCCUUCCUCCAUAGCAACAUACGUCGACUCCAUCAUAAAAGAAACACCUCAUGUCCAAGCAAUGUCUGUUCCGGACACUGACGAAUUCAUGAACUAG